CACCCCACUCCAGUACUCUUGCCUGGAAAAUCCCAUGGACGGAGGAGCCUGGUAGGCUGCAGUCCAUGGGGUCGGGAAGAGUCAGACAUGACUGAGCGACUUCACUUUCACUUUUCACUUUCAUGCAUUGGAGAAGGAAAUGGCCACCCACUCCAGUGUUCUUGCCUGGAGAAUCCCAGGGACAGGGGAGCCUGGUGGGCUGCUAUCUGUGGGGUCUCACAGAGUCGGGCAUGACUGAAGAGACUCAGCAGCAGCAGCAGCAGUAUUUCAUUGUAUAUACUCUUAGCAGCUCAACACAGUAGAAGUUACUUUAUUGCUCAGGCAUAGACUAUUCAGCAGGGAAUGGGGAGAGUUUCUGCUCCAUGCAGUCAUACAAGAAUCAAGCCUGCCAGAGGUUCCACCCUCUCUAAUACUGACUUCUAAGGUCACCCCAGGUAUCCACAUUUGGCAGACGGUUGAAGGAAAAGAGAGAGAGUGGUAUUAACUUUAAAGAAAAAAAGCACAAUGUUAAAGUUGUGAGUUAGGUUUUAUUUGGGAUAAAAUGAGAACUAUAUCCUGGGAGACAGCAUCCUAGGUAGCUCUUGAGAAACUGCUCCAAAGAGGUAGUGGGGAGGCUCAGGAUAUAUGUGAUUUUGGUAAAGGGGAAGUACAUGCAAUCAAGCACAUUUUUUCUUUUUUUUGCAAAAGAUUUUCUGCCAGUCCUGAGGAGCAGAUGUGACCAUGAAGGAAUUAAGUACUUUUCUAAAUAUGAGGGAAUGCAAGAAUUGGGCUCAUAAAAUCAGCUCCUGAAAAUAUGUAACUCUCUGAAGGUCUAUUCUGCCAGUUUUUCCAGAGCACAGAGUGUCUCAUUUCUGCUCUCCGUUAUGAACUCCUUCAGGACUCCUUCAGCGCUUCUUCAGUGCUGAAGGUCAGCAGCUGUAGCAGCACCUGAUUUAAUCCUUGCAGAGGUAGAUGGCAAGUGCCAAUUUGUAGUUGACAGUUGAAUGGCACAAGGGAGGGUAAAGUGGCAUUCACACUUCUCCCUUUAUUCCACAUGACUUUAGUCAUAAGCCCAGGUAGAAUUGUGGGGGUGCCAGGAAUGUAGUGUACUGCCUCAGAGGAAAGGGCUGGGAUCCAUGAAUGGCUGUUCUCUUUUCAUGAAAAGAUUGGACUCUUCAUUCAUUUUACCGGCUAUUUUUUUCCCUUCUCAUGCUUCUGUUUCAGAAUAGAGAACAUUUCCUUUUCUCCUGUGGGUUAUUGUUUUGCCAAUUAGUCCUCCAAAGAGCCUGCUGCCCUCUCAGCCCAUUCAUACUUCUGUCUGGCCCCAUUUUGCACCACCGUGGUGAUAACACCCCUGCCAUGGAUGAGUCCCAACUUGAGUCACCACCACUGGUGAUGCAGUUAUCACAGCGGGAUGCCAAGGGCUGUUUUAAAUCAGGUUCCCCAGGACUCAUGGAAAAAUCUACAGUGGAACCUUGGAGAUGAGGGACUCCCAGACACUGAUGAGGACUCUGAAACAACAGGAGGGGCAUAAAGCUUUUCCUUGAGAAUUCUGGAAGGUGAAGCUGGAAUACAAGGAACUUGACUUAAGAUAGACAAGCCUGGGCACAUUAAUCCACAGGUCCAGGUGACCAAGAAGAAAGCAUGAGCUGUGUGGAGGGGGGCUGCUUGAAACAGCUGCUACGCUCAGCCCUGGGUACUUAAUACACCCUUCCUAACAGAGAACCAUAAUCUUGGUCAUAAUAAUCCCACCUUUGUGCACAGCUGCAUUGUUUACAAAGCCAUUCACAAAGUAUGUUAUUUGCUUUUUUCAACGACAGGAGACGGAUACUAUGUUUAUGCCCUCUUUUCCUUUGGCACCACCACUGCCCUAAUUCAGGCCCUCAUCAUCUUUCAGAGGACUAUUAUAACAGUCUGCUAACUGGUCUCACUGCUCCAAUUUGCCUCCCUCUAAUCCAUUCUCUACACCGCAGCCUAGCAAUCUCUCUCACAAAGAAAGCGGCCCCCUUCCUUCCCUCCCGAAACCCAUCAAGAGCUCCCCCUUGCACUGAGGAUAAAAUCCAUAUCAUUAGCCCUGCCCAUCGAGCCCCACGGGAUCUGACUCCCACCUACCUCUCUAGUUUCAUUCCUUUCCGCUGCUCAAGCUGAACUCCAGACUCUAGUAACACUGAAUGUCUUAGGUUCCAUGCACAUGCUGUGUAAUUUCUUACCUUUGCAUCUUUAUUUUUCUGACCUUUCCCUGAACUGCCACACACCCUCCCUUUGGUGUUUGGUUUGUUAACUCCUCCUGACCCCGUAGGGGCCAACUCAAGCCUCACUUCUGAGAAACAUUUCCCAGUGACCACAUGCACACACACACUCAGCUAAAUCCAAACCAUAUUCUGCGUGUCCCCAUCACUACACUCAUCACACUGCACUGCCCUGAUAUAUGACUGUGUCUCUCCCUCUCACCAUGGUGCCAGCUCUUACAGGAAGGUCUGUUACAUAUUCAUUUGUAUAUCUAGGCACCUAGGAUUGUGCCUGGCAUCUAGUAGCUCUCAGUAAAUGAUUAUUGAAACAUUUUUUCAACAGGCCUACACUGGAAACUAGAGAAACCGGUGCUCAGAGGGCUUAAGGGAUUUGUUCAGGAUAUAAACUAAUAAAUGAGAGAAAUGAAAUGCCAAUCUAGGUCUGUCUGAUGUCCCAAACACUUCAGACUACUUUGCACUGCCUUCAAAGAGACCACAGAUAAUUCUGUGAGCUGAAGAAGUUCUAGCUCUUGAGGGAAUUCUUGCUUCUUGUUUCAUUUUAUUUUUACUUCUUUUGAAUCUCAUAUCCUUCUGGAAUCUGAGGAAGGCUAUAGACUUUUUCCUAUAGAAAAGCACACAUACGCACUGAAUUUUGUAUGUAACAGAAGAGUGUAUUAGCCAGGGUAGGGUAGCUGUUGCCGUAGUAACAUAUAGACCACAAAAUCUCAAUGAAAUAGCACAAUUAAAGUUUAAAUCUCACUCAAUAGGAAGUUCCUAAUGGAUCAGCAGGCACUCUGUUCAACCAGUGUCAGGGCUGUAGGCUCCCUCCAUCAUCAGACACUGUUACCUUAGCACAUGCUUUGAAGUCACCAGCACAGAAGAAGAGAGAAAUGGAGAAGGCAUGCUGGCUCUUAACUGCUGCAGCGUGAAAGUAGCAUGUUUGAGGUGGAUUGCAGAAUGUCCACAAAUUCUCUCCACUAAGCCCUGGUGCAUACCCCUUUGCAAAGUGACUCUGCUUUUCCUCCUAUCAACAGGUAUUAUCUAUGUCUCCAACUCUUGAAUGUGGAUUUGGCCAUGUCUUAAGACACACACUGCAGUCAGAGGCUUUAAAAGCACUUGUGCAUUGGAGCCUAUGCUUUCCUGCUGCUCUUUGGAACCAUGAAGAUCACUGUGAAAAAGCCUUGGUUAGUUAGUCUUUUUUGGAGACAUGCUGCUCAGUUAUCCCCUCACAUCAGCCAACAACCAACAUGUAUAGACCGAAAGGAUGGAUCCUCAGGCCGCCUGAAGCUGGGUAGCACCUAACGCCACAAGGGGGCGCUAUGAGGUUGGAAUGCCAGGAGAUCCAUUGGCGCCUGGAAUCAAGCCCAGCAAAGUCCAUCGGGAAGACUUCCUUGAGAAAGUGACGUUAAUAUGAAACAUAAGGAAUGACUCAUAUUUAGCUACAUGGCACAUAUUCUGAGCAGAAGGAACAGCAUGUAUAAAAAAUCGAGAGCUGUUUACUCUCCGGAAACAGAAGCUGACGGCAGAACUCCCUGGGUAGACUCUUCAUGGAACCGGGAGCUGCAGUCAGACUUCCUGUCGCAGAGGGAAAAUGAAGACCUCCAGGACGUGGGCUUGGAGGGCACCGGCAGAGCUGUUUCUUCUCUGUGCCGCCCUGGGAUCCCUCAGUGUGCCCAGCUCCAGAGGUGAAAGGCCACCCUCUCUUGGGUCAAACGCAAUCAAUGAGAGCCUUGCCAAGACUAGACAGACGCGGAGUGUGGAUGUCACGCCAUUGCCUAUUGAUUGUGAGCUGUCCAGCUGGUCCUUCUGGACCACGUGUGAUCCCUGUCAGAAGAAAAGGUACAGACAUGCCUACUUGAUCCGGCCCUCUCAGUUCUAUGGGGAACCAUGCAACUUCUCCGACAAGGAAGUUGAAGACUGUGUUUCCAACAGACCAUGCAGAAGUCAAGUGCGAUGUGAAGGCUUUGUAUGUGCGCAGACAGGGAGGUGCAUAAACCGAAGACUUCUUUGCAACGGGGACAAUGACUGUGGAGACCAGUCGGAUGAGGCAAACUGUAGAAAGAUUUAUAAAAAAUGUCAGCAGGAAAUGGAGCAAUACUGGGCCAUUGGCAACCUGGCCAGUGGGAUUAAUUUGUUCACAAACAAUUUGGAGGGCCCGGUUCUAGAUCACAGGUAUUACGCCGGUGUGUGUUCCCCCCAUUACAUACUCAACACAAGGUUUCGGAAGCCAUACAACGUGGAAAACUUCACUCCAAAGACCCAAGGCAAAUAUGAAUUUACGCUGACAGAAUAUGAAUCGUACUCAGAUUUCGAACGUAACGUCACAGGGACGGCAAUUAGCAUGUCUAGUUUCAGCUUGGGUUUGAAACUUAGUGGAAUAUUUGAACUUGGCUAUAGCAGCACAAGUAAUAUUGGCCAACAUUUUAUUAGCAGGAUCAAACGAUUCUCUCACACGAAAAGCAAAUUCCUGCAUGCGCGCUCUGACCUUGAAGUAGCGCAUUACAAGCUGAAACCCAGAAACCUCAUGCUGCAUCACGAAUUCCUUCAGCGAGUCAAGCAGCUGCCCUUGGAAUACAGCUACGGGGAGUACAGAGAUCUCUACCGUGAUUUUGGAACCCACUACAUCACAGAGGCUGUGCUUGGGGGCAUUUAUGAAUACACACUCAUCAUGAACAAAGAGGCGAUGGAGAGAGGAGAUUACUCUCUUAAGGAUGUCCAGACCUGUGCUAAACAUGAUUUUAAAAUCGGAGCCGCCAUAAAAGAAGUCUAUUUGAGGCUGGGUGUGUCAGUUGCCAAGUGCAGUGACAUUCUCAAUGAGAUAAAAGACAGAAACAAGAAGGACAGCAUGGUGGAAGACUUGGUGGUCCUUGUACGAGGAGGAGCGAGUGAGUAUGUCACAGCCCUGGCAUAUCGAGAGCUGCCAACAGCGGACCUGAUGCAGGAAUGGGGAGAUGCAGUGCAAUACAAUCCGGACAUCAUCAAAGUGAAGGUAAUGCCUCUGUACGAACUGGUGACAGCCUCGGACUUCGCCUAUUCCAGCACAGUGAAGCAGAACAUGAAGAAGGCCUUGGAGGAGUUCCAGAAGGAAGUGAGCUCCUGCCAGUGUGCCCCCUGCCAGGGGAACGGAGUCCCUGUCCUGAAAGGAACACACUGUGAGUGCAUCUGUCCUUCUGGAUUCCAAGGCUCGGCCUGUGAGGUCACGCAUCGGAAAAAUGUCCCCAUCGAUGGGAAGUGGAAUUGCUGGUCAAACUGGUCUCCGUGUUCUGGAGGACAUAAAACAAGACAAAGGCAGUGCACCAAUCCACCUCCUGGAAAUGGGGGCAACCCCUGCUUGGGCCCUGCUUCAGAAACACUUAACUGUUAAGGAAGGGAAAGAAUUUAGCAGGUGAUGCUCCUGUGGUCUGCACACAGCAUAAGUGCUGAGCCCUUAGAAAUCAAGCCAGCUCAGCCCCACGCCUGCUCCCAUCUGGAGCUGGCCCAAGGGUGGAGGGCUGUGCCAUUCAGAAUGUUUAAAAUAAAUAUAUUAUUUGUCAAGUGCACAUUGGUUUGAACAAAUAGUAAGUUAAACAGUAAUUAGGGUCUCCUGAAGGGCUUAACCAUCCUGGUAAUCUUCACUUUGCUCAUCUCAGCAGUUUUAUUUUACUCACACUUACUACCAGCUGGGGAUUGUGUUGGAAGUUGUCCAUGUGAAAGUCCCACUAUCCACCAGUGACCUGCAAAGAGUAGGUUCGCAAUAUGGAUCCUUGAAUAGAUAUUAAACUGUUCCUAUCCUGAGGACAUACUGUCUCAUUCAUCAUGUCAGUUGGCAGUUUAGGUUUAUUGAAUGAUUAGUAUGUGUCAGCCAUGGUGCUCAAUGCAUUCAUUCAUUCAUUCCAUCCUCAAGAUCACCUUAUAAGGUGGAUAUUCUAUUAGCCCUAUUAAACAGCAGAAAUACCAGCUUAGAAGAGUUCAGUUACUUACCUGUCCCGGCUUAUACAGUUAGGAAGUGGGGGAGCUGGACUGCAAACCUGGGCCCUCAGGCUUCGGAGCUUUAAACUCUUAACAGUGAUGUUCCCCUCCUUUCCAUAUUGGACAUUGGAUUAACAAAGAAUUUUUAUGAAAUACAAUG